AUGGCCUCCAUUCCAUGGUCCCAGAACGCUUCCGAACGCCAGCAACAGUUCGCCGUCGCUAUUCAGACCCUUAUCGGCGAAAUUGGUCGUCUUCAGACAACCGCUGGCGGCUCCAGUCAACCGAAGCCAGUCCUUCCCCAUCUUGACAAGUUUACGGGGGACAAAAAGGAACUCGAUACAUGGAUCUAUACUGCCGAGGCGAAGUUACACGUUGACGGUCACGCUAUUGGCGAUCUGGAGGCUCAGUUCUAUUACCUCUACUCCAGCCUUUCGCCCGCCGUCCGCCGGACUUUGUUCGCUUUCGCCCAGAUCCCGGGCAACCGUACCCCGGCGAGGCUUCUCGAGAAGCUCCGUAUUAACUACGGGGAGGUCAACCAGGAUAAGAAGGCUGGACUCGAGCUCUUUGCUCUGCAGCAGAAGUCCCGAGAGCCCAUCACCAGCUUCCUCGUCCGUUUUGAAGAGGUUCUUUACCGAGCCAAAGCUAACACGUGGCCAGAUCAGGCCAUUAUCAACUCGUUAAUGAGCUCUUUAAACGAUGAGUGGCUCGGGCGCCUCCGCGAGCGUCCAGAUGCUCCAGACAGUUACUCAGAGCUGUGUGCCUACCUUCGGCGUCUUGACGGCAAUAACUUUCUUGGGGGGAGCACGGGGCACUCCAGUGCCGCCGUCCAAGACAAAGGGGAACCCAUGGAGAUCGCGGUCGCUAGGAUUCAGCCUACUGGUGGCUCUAGCCGCGCAGGAAGCUCCAGUGGCCCGUCUGAUGCACAGAGGAAGAGGUGGAAGAAGAAGGGUGCCUGCAUAGCUUGUGGCUCACCCUCACAUUGGUCAAAAGAGUGUCCAAUCAACCAGGGCCAAACCCGUAUCCGGUAUAUCCGUGCGACCGAGUCGGAUGGGGGCCUGGAGGAAGACGGCGAGAUUUACGACGACGAUGAGCAUUAG